CCACGGCCGGCCUUGUGCAUCGAUGGCUGAGCCCUCGGGCAUCAUUCGUGGAGCAGCAGCCUAAAGACAGCCCGCAGCAGCAGCGGGCAGCUUCGCGCCGUUGGGCUGAGGCCUCGGCGCCGGCACACUCACAGGGGCCUCACAGGCAUACUACAGUCAAAGUAGCGCAGCCACGAGACAGCCAUGCUGCUGGCCACGCCGCGCCGCCGCAGAGCCGUCUACGUCUCCUGCAGCGCGCUCAUCGCGACGGUCUCGCUCUUCGCGUUCGCGCAGAACGCGACGGCACCCACACAACAGCGCGCGCGGCUCGUGCUCCUGUCGGCGCCGCGGUCGGGCAGCACGUUAUUGGUCGAGAUGCUGCGGACGCACGGCGACGUCGUCAUGCACGGCGAACCCUUCCACGAGCAGGACCUGCGGGCGAGCCGCAAGGACGGGCUCGCGCGGAACGUGACCGUCGACGACGAGGCCUUCCGGCGACGGCGGGAGCGGCCGCAGGAGCUCCUCGACGCUUUGGGAAGGCAGCACGCGAACCGGCACGUGGUCGGAUUCAAGCUCUUCUCGAAGCAUCUCGACUGGAAAAGGCUGGACACUUUCCUGGACUGGGCGACGCAUCUCAUCUUGCUGCGAAGGGACGACGCCUUCGCGCAGUACGUGUCCAUCUGCCUCGCGCAGGCGUCGAACGUCUGGGCGGCGUACCCGGGGUCGGCGAAGCACGACCACGUCGUGAGUGUGGACGCGGCGCUCUUCGACACCUGGUCCAAGCACGAAGCCGCUUUUGUGGCGACGGUCGAGCGGGCGCUGGCCAAGGCCGCCAACCCGCCGGGCGUCCUCCAUCUGACGUACGAGCGCGAUUUGUGCGCGCCGCACGCGCGCCGGAAUACCAUGAGGCGCGUCGAGCGGUUCCUGGGCGUCGCCACUGGCGCGAGGCCGGACGCGGCGCACCUGCCGAUUAAACAACACGCGGUAGACGUCCGCGACCACGUGUCGAACUUCGAGCACGUCGCACGCGUCCUGCCCGCGGCGAACGCGUCGCGGCCCUGCGUCGAGGCGCGGCGGCGCCUCGACGUGCGGCGCGACGUCGCGGGCGUGGACUGGCUGGGGUCGACGCCUCCCGAGGACCCGCGGGCCAAGGCGCACGCGGCGGCGAAGGCAUUUAUGCGGUCGCCCCACUGCAAGGAGGGGGGACCGGGGUGGUUGUAA